AUGAGGUGUUUUGCUUUGGUGAUUUCUAUCGUAGCGAUUUCGAUCGCUCAUUCAAUUCUGGUUGAAAGCCGAAAAGUUACGAUAGAUCUGUCGGACUUGGAAGUAGCUGCAUCUGGUCAUCAUGAAGAAAAGGGUGGUGGCGAAGAGCAUUUUUCCGAUCAUUAUAGCAAACACGGUGAGAAGGGCGACAAAGGAUAUAAGGAGGAACAUCAUCACGAAAAGGGUGAUAAGGGAUACCAUGACAAAGAAGGACAUUCAGGACACUAUCACGAGGAUGAAGGACACAAGAAGCAUCAUCACCACGAUGAUGGUUACUAUGCCGAGCAUCAUAAAGGUGAAAAGGGCGAAAAGGGCCAUAAAUUUCAUGAGAAAGGCCACUACGGUAAGGGCCAUAGUACCAAGGGGCAUCACGGAGUUCAUAAAUUAGAUGAAUUUAAAAAGGAUAAAGAAUUCUUCGACGAACAUCAUGACUCUGGUCACCACGAGGAUCACGGUGGUCAUCAUCACGAGCAUGAACACAAAAAGGGCGGUCACUUCAAGAAGGGUCAUCACGAUUCUGGUCAUCAUGAGGAUAAAUAUGGGAAAAAAGGUCAUUACGAGAAGGGACAUCAUCAUCACGAUGAAAAGGGUCACAAGAGUGAAGGUGGACACGAUGAACAUUAUGAACAUCAUUCCAAGCAUGGUAAAAAAGGUGAUCACGAAGAUCACAAGAAAUGGGGUUUUAAAGAUGGACAUUAA